AUGUGGCAACCACGCGCGGGACCGCAGGCUCGCAAGCCGCUCGUCCCGUGCGGGAAACAGUCGCAGCCAGAGGAGCCAGCUCCCACGCCGCAAGAGUCUGCUGUGGCGGCGAAGCGGCGACCAAGCCCGCCUCCGCCCGGCGUCACUCCGUCCGCCCCCCCGUCUCGGUCGAACACGUCGUCUUCGUUCCGGGCUUCCUUCGAUGACGUGCCUUCCAGGCCGGUGUGGAUCAUACCGAUCCACGAGCAGUCGCACUGGCAGAUCUUGGUCAUCGUCAACACCACGUGCCCACCAAGGUCGACUGCCAUGCUGUUAGACUCAAUGGCUGCGCGGGGGCAGUCGCGCAACGCCAAGAGCAUCGCGGCCUUCGCCAGCGCGGUGGUGGUCCGGGUCGUGUGCGCCGAACCGGUGAGUACGCCGGUGGCAAUCGCCACGGUGGCGCUUGUGCCGCAGCAACCGAACGACUACGACUGCGGCGUCUACGCCCUGCUCAACAUCAUGCACCUGGUGCACGAUUACGACAGCAUCGUGGCCGUUCAAGGACCAGGUCAGGUGGAUUGGCGCGCGUGGUACACGCAGGAGGCGGUGUCACAGCACAGGCGCGACCUGCUGCAGCAGCUGCAUGAACUUAAAGACCUACAUCAGCAAUAAAUCAAGAAUCAUCAGAUGCAAUAGUAACAGCUACAACCUCCAACACGACUACAGUAUCCAACACGAAUUGCACAGAAUGCGCUGUCCAACCAAGUUCCUACCUGCCCACUCCGAAGGAGUGUGCUUAUUUUAGCGCAAGGCUAUCGUCAAUAUGCUGCCGUCUCAUAGUCUGAAGUGGUUUUGCAGUGGGGGCCGAUAUUGCUGUGUAAUUUGUGGUGCCAUUUUUCAAAUUUGAGGUGAGGAUGAUGAGGUCACUAUGGCGAACAGAGUUUGCUAUGGUGAGAAUGGUUAAGUUGCUAGGGUGAGGAUGAUGAUGAGGUGGUGGUUGAGGUGGCUUUGGCGAGGGCGUGGCUAUGGUGAUAUGGCUAUGGCGAGGAGGUGGCUCUCGUGAGUACAGACAGACCAACGACGAUGUGCGCGUGCGUGACGCCCGUGGCCCCGCGCCGGGUGCAGGUUUAGCUAUGUUGAUGUAGCGCGGGUGUCGCGUGAAGCUCGGUGACGUGUCGGUUCUAAUGCACAAUAAAUAGAACACGUGUACACG